GCGAGCAGGGCUGGGGGGGCUGAGAGCCUGGCCCCCGCCUGGUCGCGGGCCGCUUCCUGGAGUAGCCGCGAGCCUGCGGACCAGCACCGGCUGAGCCUCCGCGCCGAGCCACACUUUCCGAGAGCAAAUCUAAAAGGUCUGCUCCAACAUCACUUUGAGCCAGAUGGACUCCGAAUGGUUCUGAGGUUUCCCUGUGAGUGAGGCUUGUGUUCAGGAAGCAGCUGCCCUGGGGCACAUUCAGGAAUUAAAAUCUUACACACAUCAUUCAUCCUGUAUCCAAGAAAACCCUCUUCUGGGAGAGCAUAAGGCAAAGAAAAGAAAAAGAAAAUACGCACUGCUUCUGCUUCUGCAACACCAAAGCUAGCCGUCCCGUGGAUCGGCGGUGGGUUUGAAUGGCUUAUUCUGAGGCGCAUGGAGGGGUCCCCUGUGGUUUCAUCCGCCAGAAUUCCGGCAACUCCAUUUCCCUGGACUUCGAGCCGGACACAGAGUACCGGUUUGUGGAGCAACUGGAAGAACGUUACAAAUGUGCCUUCUGCCACUCGGUGCUUCACAACCCGCACCAGACGGGGUGCGGGCACCGCUUCUGCCAGCACUGCAUCCUGUCCCUGAGAGAAUUAAAUGCAGUCCCGCUCUGCCCUGUAGAUAAGGAGGUUAUCAAAUCUCAGGAGGUGUUUAAAGACAAUUGCUGCAAGAGAGAAGUCCUCAACUUAUAUGUGUAUUGCAAAAAUGCUCCUUUAUGUAAUGCCAAGAGUAUUCUGGGACGAUACCAGGACCACCUCCAGCAAUGCCCGUUUCAAGCCGUGCAGUGUUCUAAUGAGAACUGUCAGAAGCCAGUCCUUCGGAAAGAUCUGAAAGAACAUUUGAGCGAAUAUUGCCAGUUUCGAGAGGAAAAAUGCCUUUAUUGCAAAAAAGAUGUGGUAGUGAUCAAUCUACAGAAUCAUGAGGAAAACUUGUGUCCUGAAUACCCGGUAUCUUGUCCUAACAAGUGUUUGCAGAUGAUUCCAAGAGCUGAGGUGGAUGAACACCUUGCUGUGUGUCCUGAAGCGGAACAAGACUGUCCUUUUAAGCACUAUGGCUGUACUGUAAAGGAUAAACGGGGGAACCUGCUGGAACAUGAGCAUUCAGCCUUACGGGACCACAUGCUUCUGGUUUUAGAAAAGAACUUCCGGUUAGAAGAACAGAUUUCUGAUUUAUAUAAGAACCUAGAACAGAAAGAAAGUAAAAUCCAGCAGUUAGCAGAAACUGUAAAGAAAUUCGAAAAGGAGUUCAAGCAGUUUGCACAGCUACUUGGCAAAAAUGGAAGCUUCCUCUCAAACAUCCAGGCCCUUGCCAGUCACAUUGACAAGUCUGCUUGGCUAGAAGCUCAAGUGCGUCAGCUAUUACAGAUGGCUAAUCAGCAACAAAAUAAGUUUGACAUGAGGACUUUGGUGGAAGCUAUUGACACAGUGAAACAGAAAAUUACUCUGCUAGAAACCAAUGAUCAAAGACUAGUUGUUUUGGAAGGGGAGACUAACAAACAUGAUGCCCACAUUAAUAUUCAUAAGGCACAACUGAAUAAAAAUGAAGAGCGGUUUAAACUGCUAGAAGGUGCCUGCUAUAACGGAAAGCUCAUCUGGAAGGUGACAGACUAUAAGAUGAAGAAGAGGGAGGCCCUGGACGGGCACACGGUGUCCAUCUUCAGCCAGCCCUUCUACACCAGCCGGUGCGGGUACCGGCUCUGUGCGAGAGCAUACCUGAACGGGGACGGGUCCGGGAAGGGGACACACCUGUCGCUAUACUUUGUGGUGAUGCGAGGGGAGUUUGACUCACUGUUGCAGUGGCCAUUCAGGCAGAGGGUGACCCUGAUGCUUUUGGACCAGAGUGGCAAAAAGAACCACAUCAUGGAGACCUUCAAGGCUGACCCCAAUAGCAGUAGUUUUAAAAGACCUGAUGGAGAGAUGAACAUUGCGUCUGGCUGCCCCCGCUUCGUGGCUCAUUCCACUUUGGAGAGUGCCAAGAAUACCUACAUUAAAGAUGACACCGUGUUCCUGAAAGUGGCCGUGGAUUUAACUGACCUGGAGGAUCUCUAGUCCCUGUUCCUGGAGUGAUGAAGGGCUUGUUGGGUCCAGAACCACGGAGGAGGACACCCGUGAUUAUCAUGCGGACUGACAUUGAACUUAGUGCACAUUUGUAUUUGGCUUUUUGCCCCUUGGUGUUUGAAGUCAGUUGUAAACUUCUCAAGUGCUAUCCUCUUUUUACAUUUUACUCUGUUCCAGUUUGACACUUAAAACCUUAGAAUAUUCUCUCAUUAUUUAUAUUUUUAUAUUUCUUGAAAGAUGUUAAGUUUCUUGAAACGAGGUCUGGGGCAUAUCUCUUUUACUGGUGCUUAGCAUAGCGUCUCAUGGUAGGCACUAUGUGAAAUGUUACUGAGGACACAGAGAAAGAAUUGAAAAUGCUUUGGUAUUUUAUUCUUUGGCCUGCUGAUUUUAGACCUGACCAUAAACCUUGUAUGGCAAAAGCCAUCUUCCAGGAUAGACUUCCAGUUAAGUAGUUGGGUGGUGUACUUUGAAAGACAAUAUGCCCAGUUUGGACCAGACUUUUAUUAGGUCAAAUAAAAAUUUGUAGAAAUUA